AAUUGCAAAAGAAGCUAAUGAGGGUACCCAAGGUAAAGUAGAGGAACCACAUGAACAUCCAGUUGAUGAUGAAAGCAUAAAAUUCUUAAAACAGGAGGUAUACUGGACUGCAUUCGCCGAAAAGGAAUUGACCAAUAUUGACAAGAACGUUAUUAAGGAAAUUGAAGAAGAAUCAUCUGAAGCUGAAAGUAGUAACAAGUCAUCACUUCCGGUAUCCCCGGAAUCAGAUUUAUGUACUACAAAUGAAGAACUGAUGGAAGAAGACGAAAACCAGGAAGAAGAUAUCAUGAGUAUGGUUAUUGACAGUCGAGAUUUAAACUACCUUUUCAAUGUUCUCAGCGAGCAACAGCGUCGUACCAUUCCCUCGCAUCUUAGAUAUGUUCGCCAGUUCAAAGAUUUUAAAUCUGUUGAAAUCAGUAUGAAGAAAUUUGAAGAUUUGACGAACUCUGAGUUGGUUCCUGUUAGUAAUACCGCAACAGCUCCCAUAUUGAAAAAGAAAGAUAGCAGUCAUUCAGUAACGGCUAAAAAGAAGGUGAUCUUUUCCAAUAAAAUUGCCAUUAAUGAAACAUUCCCAGCUGGACUCUACAAGAGGUUUAAUAAAGACAUUACUCAAUAUCUUUUAUCGGAUUCUAGGUCAGAGAUCUCGAAGGUUAAAGAGGAAUUGAACAAUUAUAAAUGUAAUGAAAUGUUGGUUCAUGAAAGUUCUCAACAAAACACUCAUUUCUUCUAUUGAUGUUAGUCUAUGUAUGUAUUUACGAAUUAUAAAGAAACUCGUUAAUAUUUAGAGCGGCUAUAUGCCUUAUGGAAAUUAAUUGGGUUGGUUUUUUACUCUUAGCUUCCUCUAUAUGUAGAGUACCCAUAAUUUGAAACCAACAAAGGAAUAUGGAUAUGUUCAUCGGAUUCCCCCACACUAAAGGUAACUUCAACAUAAGGAUAAAAACACGACUGACCAAGCUCUUCAAAAUAUUCUCGAGUAUGAAAUCUCAAAAUAUAAACACUCUUGGGAAAUUCAGUAAAUGGAUGUCCAUAUUGGUUUGUCCAAUAUGUAACACGACCAUCUUUGGAGGUUAGUUCCACGAAUGCCGGAAUUGUGUUUUUAUACACGGAAAUUAGUUCGACAAUAACUCCUUCUGCUGGCUUUCCAGUGACGGUGUUAAGGACAUGUGUGGUAACGAUUGCCAUUGAGUUAGUUAGGUAUGUUGUAAAGUAGUGAAGUUGUAAAGUCAACUGCCAUGUACUAUGUCCGGUUCACCCGCGGGAUCUUAUAUCCAAUAUAAUAAUGCUGCAAAAACAAUAGCAAGUGGUUUACGCAC